GUGCGCCUCGUGAAGCACACGCUCGAGAUCAUCCACCUGCUGACGGACCAGAACCCCCUGCAGGUGGUGAUCGAUGCCGUGUCCAAGGGUGCGCCCCGUGAGGACUCGACCCGUGUCGGUUCCGGUGGUGUGGUGCGCCGCCAGGCCGUUGACGUGUCGCCGAUGCGUCGUGUGAACGAGGCGAUCUACCUCAUGUGCAAGGGGGCCCGCGAGGCCGCGUUCCGCAACCUCAAGACCCUUCCUGAGUGCCUUGCAGACGAGAUCGUGAAUGCGUCGAAGGGCAGCUCCAACUCCUACGCCAUCAAGAAGAAGGACGAGGUGGAGCGUGUCGCCAAGGCCAACCGGUAA